UCUCUUUCUAGAAAUUAUUUGAUGAGCAUAUGAUAAGUUCACAUUGCUUUUUGACUAAUCAAAGUAUAUCAUAUUAGGCCCACUGCAUCUUCUUCUAUUAUCCUCUCACUAGCUCUCUGUAUAUCAUCACUGCUUGUCUGGUGGUAUUCUCUCUUACAAUUCUCUCAACUCCUUCUCCUACCAUACUUUGUUGGCGUUCUGUAGUUUGAGUUCUUCCAAAAAAUGGCUGAACAAAUCCCAUUCAAUAUUAUAGCUGACGUUUUAACCAAGUUAGGCUCCUUGGCUUUUCGACAAAUUGGAUCUGCGUUUGGUGUGGCAAAAGAGUUAACGAAGCUUACGGAGAAACUGGACGCCAUCAGGGGUGUACUGGUUGAUGCUGAGAAGAGGCAGGAGGAGAGCGAUGGAGUAAAAGCUUGGGUGAGGAGGCUCAAAGAUGUUGUGUAUGAUGCCGAUGACUUGUUGGAUGACUUUGAGACGCUUCAGCUGCAGCGUGGAGGAGUAGCAAGGCAGGUCAGUGACUUCUUCUCAUCUUCAAAUCAGCUUGUAUUUCGUUGUAAGAUGAGUCAUAGACUCAAGGAUAUUAAAGAAAGGAUAGAUGAAAUUGUAGAACAAAUGAAUCUGCUAAAUCUUGUUCAAGGGAACAUAGUUCAGAGGGAGGUGGAGAGUAGUUGGAGAGAGACUCACUCAUUUGUGUUGACCUCUGAAAUUGUGGGAAGAGAAGAAACCAAAGAGGAGAUAAUAAAGUCGUUGGUGUCAUCUGAUAAUCAAGAAAUUCUUUCCAUGGUUGCCAUUGUUGGGAUUGGGGGGUUGGGUAAGACCACCCUUGCCCAGUUGGUGUACAAUGCUGAGACAGUGGUGCAAUAUUUUGAGCCCAGAAUAUGGGUUUGUGUUUCUGAUAAUUUUGAUGUGAAGUCGUUGGUUAAAAAAAUCUUAAAAGAAGUGUGUGAGCAAGAUGUAGAAAGGUUGGAGUUGAAUGGUUUAAAAAAUCUCCUUCAUGAAAAAAUUAGUGAAAAGAGAUGCUUGCUAGUGCUGGACGAUGUUUGGAAUGAAAAUUCUGAAGAAUGGGAUCGACUGAAAAGUUUGUUGAUGGUUGUUGGAAGGGGAAGUAAAAUUUUGGUGACCACCCGACAUAGUAAAGUCGCAUCAAUAAUGGGAAUUAAUUCUCCCUUUUUGUUGCAAGGGUUGAAAGACACCCUGGCUUGGGAUUUAUUUUCAAAAAUAGCAUUCACAGAAGAACCAAAGAAAGUGCAUCCAAAGUUUGUGGAAAUGGGAAAAGAAAUUGUAAAUAUGUGUAAGGGAGUUCCGCUUGUCAUCAAAACAUUGGGAACAAUAUUGCGCCUGAAACCAGAAGAAAGUCAUUGGCUGUCCAUAAAAAAUAAUGGAAAUUUGCUAUCACUAGGAGCUGAAAAUGAUAAUGUUUUAUCAGUGUUGAGGUUAAGCUACAAUGAUUUGCCAAUCUAUUUGAAGCCAUGUUUUACUUAUUGUGCGUUAUUUCCAAAAGACUAUGAAAUUGAGAAAAACAUGUUGGUGCAAUUAUGGAUGGCACAGGGCUAUAUUCAAACUUCAGAUGUAGGAAAUCAAUAUUUCAAAGAAUUAUUGUCAAGAUCAUUAUUAGAGGUGGCUAAAAAAGAUGUUGAUGAUAAUAUAUCAAGUUGUAAAAUGCAUGAUCUUAUUCAUGAUCUUGCACAAUCUAUUGUUGGAUCUGAAGUCCUCUUUUUAAAAGAAAACGUGGAGAAAGAGAAGAUAUCAGAAAGAGUUUAUCAUGUGUCAUUCUUUAAGAUGUCCAAUAUCCAUUGGAAGGAUUUGAAACACACAAGGACCAUUUUCAUUUUGAAAUUUGAUAAAUGGACUGGAAUUGAUAAUUCAAUUUGCAGUACUACACUUAUUCCAAAUUUUAAGUGUUCCCGUGUGUUGAGCCUAAAUCAAACCGUUGCAAAAAAGAUACCAAAAUCUAUAGGUAAAUUGAGUCAUCUAAGAUAUCUCAAUCUUUCAUGGUGUGAUUUCAAGGUACUCCCAAAUGCUAUUACAAGGUUAUAUAAUUUGCAAACAUUAAAACUUACUGGUUGUAGAAAGCUAAAAGAAUUUCCCAAAGACACAAGGGAAUUGAUUAAUCUUAGGCACUUGGAGAAUGAUUGGUGUCGAAGUUUGAGUUAUAUGCCAUGUGGGAUAGGGAGGUUGACUUUGCUUGAAAGCCUACCACUGUUUGUUAUUGGAACUGGGAGUAAAGUUGGCAGAUUGAGUGAAUUGAAAAGGCUGAACAACCUUCGAGGAAAGCUACGGAUUGAAAAGCUUGGAAACGUAAGGGAUGCUAACGUAGAAUCCGAGGAAGCAAAUUUGGGGGAAAAACAAUACAUUGAGUCCUUGAGAUUAGAAUGGUCAUAUGGUGAAGAAGCUCAGUCCGGUGAGGAUGCUGAGUCAGUGAUGGUAGGCCUACGGCCACAUCGAAACCUGAAGGAGCUUUUUAUAACAGGAUAUGAAGGUAGGGUGUUUCCAAGUUGGAUGAUGAAUGGUGGGUUGAGUUGCAUACUCCCUAACCUCAUCAAAAUUAAUUUGGAAAGUUGUUCAGGAUGCCAGAUUCUACCAUCAUUUGUUGAACUCCCUCACCUCAAGUCUCUGAAUCUUUGGCUUUUAGAAAAGGUGGAGUACAUGGAGUACUGUUCAUCCGGAGGGCCAUUCUUCCCAUCACUUGAGUACCUCAGACUCAACUGCAUGCCAAAGUUAAAGGAGUUGUGGAGGAGGGACUUAUCUCCAACACACCCACCUUCAUUUCCUCGUCUUUUAGAAUUAACACUCAGAAAUUGUGAUGAGUUGGCAUCCUUGGAACUGCAUUCAUCUCCUCUUCUUUCCAAGUUAGAGAUUACAGAAUGCCAUAAGUUAGAGUACAUGGACUACUGUUCAUCCGGAGGGCCAUUCUUCCCAUCACUUGAGUACCUCAGACUCGAGCGCAUGCCAAAGUUAAAGGAGUUGUGGAGGAGGGACUUAUCUCCAACACACCCACCUUCAUUUCCUCGUCUUUUAGAAUUAACACUCAGAAAUUGUGAUGAGUUGGCAUCCUUGGAACUGCAUUCAUCUCCUCUUCUUUCCAAGUUAAACAUUACACAAUGUCCUAAGCUGACAUCCCUGCGACUGCCUCCUUCUCCUCUUCUUUCGCAAUUAUAUAUCUGGUAUUGUGGUGACUUGGCAUCCUUGGAACUGCAUUCAUCUCCUCUUCUUUCCAAGUUAGAGAUUGAAGAAUGCCAUAAGCUGACAUCCGUACUACUGCCUCAUUCUCCUCUUCUUUCUAGUUUAGACAUCAGGAAUUGCCCCCAACUGACAUCUUUACUAUUUUCUCCAUCUCCCUGCCUUGAGAAGCUGUACCUAUGUAAAGUCAAAGAGGUGGUACUACGGGAGUUGAUGUUGGCUACUGCUUCAUUGGAGUCUGUGUCUGUUGAAAGCAUAGAUGAUUUAAGGUCUCUGCCAGACGAGCUUCGUCAACAUGUUUCCACUCUCCAAACUCUCAAAAUUUGGGACUGCUCUCGUUUGGCAACAAUACCACACUGGAUAGGCAACCUCACCUCACUUACAGAGCUUGGAAUCAGAUACUGCCCUGAAUUGACAUCAUUGCCCCAAGAGAUGCGCUCCCUCACCAACCUACAUUCACUCUCAAUUGACUACUCUUGUGGUUUGGCAUCAUUACCAAACUGGAUAGGUAGCCUCACCUCACUGACUGACCUUGAAAUUGGUUCUUGCUCUCAAUUUACAUCAUUGCCAGAAGAACUACGUUCUCUUGGAAUCCUCAAGAGUCUCACACUUCGCGACUGGUCUGGUUUGACAAUGUCAGAUUGGAUAGGCAGCCUCACCUCGUUAACUGAUCUCGAAAUUGGUCCUUGCCCUGAAUUGACAUCAUUGCCAGAAGAAUUGCGCUCUCUUAGAAUCCUCAAGAGUCUCACAAUUCACGAUUGGUCUGGUUUGACAACGUUACCAAAUUGGAUAGGCAACCUCUCCUCACUUGAAAAGCUUCGAAUUAGUGAAUGCCCUAAAUUGACAUCACUGCCGGAAGAGAUGCGUUCCCUCACAAACCUCCACGUAGUCGAAUUCAUUCAUUGUCCAUAUUUAUUCGAAAGACGGGAUCAAGAACAGCCCAAGAUUGCUCAUGCCUCAUCCAGAACCUUUAGUUCAUGAAUGGACUGAUGCAGGAAUCCAUUUCAGAUUUAGUCAAUGCGGAAAAGGAUAAGCGUGG